AUGAUCUAUCUGCAGGUUUUCGAAACUCCAGAAACGGAAUUUCGAAAUCGGAUCGGUUCGCGUGAUGAGAAAGCGAUCGUACGAGAAGGUUCCAUUGGCAACGAUUCGAAAAUACGCUCCGCUUUGACGAGCGCUUUGGCUAAAAAAAAUGGCGAAAAAUAUAACUUUUUUGAAGAUGAACAAGUGCGAAAAACGGGUUCAAUUUUUGAAAGGCGAAAAGAUAUGCAAUAUGUUAAGGAAGCAUUGCCACGCGCACGCUUGAACGGUUUUCAUAUAAAAAUGGAGGAUGACUGUCCACAAGGUGGUGAUGAUACAAGGCUGUCCGUACUUCGUGCUCUCGGAACCCAUAACUGUCGAACGGUACCCUGUGUUUUAUGUGAGCGAAAUUUAAUUGUUUAUGAUAGAUAUCCGCUCAUCGAUGGUACAUUCUUUCUUUCGCCAGUACAACACUCCAAAGCAGCGAUUAGCAUGAAAACUGGUUAUUUACAUGCAAUUUGCAUCACAUGUAUGCAUACCGAAUGGAAAUGUCCCGGUUGCGGUAGCAGUGGAUGGUUUCUUGGUUCGGCUUUAAUCGUAGGAACACUGUAUACUUACGACGUUUUAUCAAGUACCACUUGCUGUAUACCUGUUUGCAGACAUUGUCGUGCCCUCUCACUUAUAUGUACAUGA